AUGAACCCUGCAGCCUAUCGCAUGAUUGGUAAAAACCUGCGCCUUAAUUUCUACAUUAAAAGUUUAGGUAAAAAGCUUAACUAUAGUACAAUAGAUGCUAUCGACACAUUCUCCUAUCUGAGCAGACACCUCAACAAAGGUGAUACUAUAAUACCUAGAUUUCCACAAAACCUGCAUAAUGAUUUCACUAAUAAUGAUGGAUACAUAAGAACUUAUAAAACUGAUCUCUCUAAAUUGUCCGGCGUUGAAUUAGACAACAUUCUAUUAGAACUAGAAUAUCAAAACAAAGAUAAAGAAGUAAUACAAUUUAUCAAGGAAUGUGUUGAAUAUAAAAUAACUAUUGGAAAAGAUGUGAUUAAGAAACUAUUUAGAGUAUACAGUACAAGAGCUAAAGUUGAACUAGUAGAACUUUUACAAAAGUACUGUUCUAGGAUCACACCUGUUUUGUAUAAGAAAAAUGGAGAAUUUGUGCAUUAUGUUGCAAAAGCUCAAUGUAUGAAAGGUAAUUCUGAUAAAGGACUGUCUAUUUUACUUGAUGCCUAUAAAAAAAAUGUAAAUCUAAGAGGGUUUUACAGGAUAAUUUUAAAGGAACUAAUUCAGGACACAGUUAUGAACCGAUCAGAAGCGUCCCUUGUCAUUUUUAAAAGAUAUGUAUUAGAAUUUAGUAAUAAAUGGCAAGACAAUUAUCCAUUGAUCUGUCUUUGGCACAUUUGCUGGAAGAGUGAUUGGUUCUCUGAUCAAAUGUUGGCUGAUGAAUUAUUGGAGACAUCUAAGACUCUCCAAAGUAUUUUAGCAGACAUGUCACCUACCCUUUGUCUUAGUAUUUUAAAAGAAUACAAUGAAGAUGCUGUUACAAGACUCAUGCAGUCACUAUUAAAGUACAAAAUGAUGGAUCAAUAUGCUAAUGUAAUACAAAUUCUAUUUAACUUCAAGCUAAGAAACAAAGAUGUAAGAGGCUGCACAGAGAUUCUUCGGAAUUGUGAGGUGCUUGGAGUUUCCAUACCAUCAUACCAGCAGAGCCAGUUCAUCAAACUUAUGAUUGGAAAGGAAAGUGACAAAACAAUUCCUACUAAGGUUGAGGACUUUAAAUUUAAAUUUUAG